GUUCUUCCUCAUCAGUGCGCAUUUAUUCAGAGCCAAACAAACAAAAGUACAAAACCCUCUCUCUCUCUCUCCAUCUCUCUCUCUCUCUCUCCAUCUCUCUCUCUCACGCACACAUUCACACGCCCACACACCCACCGGUCUUUCUGAAAAGUCUAAUAAAACCUAUUGUAGCAGCCAGAACGGUGAAUGGUGUUCCCAAAAUGGGUGGUUAAGACACACAAUACACAUAAACACACUCUUUCAAGUCCUCAUCUUUCUUCUCUACCAACUACUCCACCAUGCUCUACGGGCUUCUCCCUUUGUUGGGAAUGUUGGCUUUUCUUGGAAUGCAGCUUCCUGUCAUAAUGGCUGAUUGCCCUUUGAAUUUUACUGGUUCAAACUUCACACUUGCAUCCUCUCUAUGCUCUAACCAUGGUGACAGAGGAAAAUGCUGCCGAUACAUCAAUACUAAUGUUGCAAUUGCUGUUUCUCGUUUUGCUAAUGCAACAGGCAACCUAGGGGUCUCUCAAAAUGCGACUGACAUCUGCCUCCAAACUAUAUUUCAAACCUUGCAACUUAAUGGAGUUGCACAAAAUGCAACAGCUUUCUGUGGUUUCGGAACAAAAAUUCCUGUUAAUUAUGUAUGUAAGGGGAGAACUAGUGUUGUCCAAAUGCUGCAAUCCCCCAGAUUUACGGAGGUCACAAAAAAUUGCAAAGCGCCACUUGGAGAGGAAAGUAAAUGUAAGAAGUGUUUAAAUGCUGGCAUUGGUUAUCUGCAUCAUAUCGGAAUUGAAGAUAAUAUAACACUUAGUACAUGUCGUGAUGCCACUUUUGCUGCAUUAGCAAGCCAAGUUGAUGAGAUAUCUACCAUUGACAUUGCAAUUUGUUUCUUUGGGGUUCAAGGACUUCUCAAGCUUCCUGUUUUAGAGUCAACCCCAUCCUUGCCUGCUCCUAAGGCUUCUCCAAGCCCACCUGUUUCUGAUGGCCCAAGUCAACCAUUGUUAAGUGCACCUUUAAAGGGAAAGCAUCAUUCAUAUCGUUUGACGUUAGUUCCAGGUAUUGCUAUUGCAGUUACAGCUGUUGCUGUUAUCACACUCAUAGUCUUGAUAGUUCUAAUUCGCCAGAAAAGCAGAGAGCUAGACAAGCCUGAUAAUUUUGGUAAACCCUGUUCGAAAACCUUACCUCCUUGUACAACAUGGAAAUUUCAGGAAGGUUCUUCAUCUAUGUUCCGAAAAUUCAGCUACAAGGAGAUAAAAAGGGCUACAGAGGAUUUUAGUACUAUCAUUGGUCAAGGGGGAUUUGGAACUGUGUAUAAAGCUGAUUUUUCUGAUGGCCUGGUCGCAGCAGUAAAACGGAUGAACAGAAUAUCUGAGCAGGGAGAGGAUGAGUUCUGCAGAGAAAUUGAGCUUCUUGCCCGGCUGCACCAUCGGCAUCUUGUUUCCUUGAGAGGCUUUUGCAUUCAAAAACGUGAGAGGUAUCUGUUUCUGUGUUUUUUAUAUUCUUCGACAUAUAUACCAAUGAAUCAAACUCUUCUGAAUGUCUAUGGCAGGUUUCUAUUGUAUGAGUACAUGGGAAAUGGAAGCUUGAAAGAUCAUCUUCAUUCCCCUGGUAAAACACCUUUAAGUUGGCGAACAAGAAUCCAAAUUGCCAUUGAUGUGGCCAAUGCCCUGGAGUACCUCCAUUUCUAUUGCGAUCCUCCUCUGUGUCACAGAGAUAUUAAAUCUAGCAACACUUUACUGGAUGAGAACUUUGUUGCCAAGAUAGCUGAUUUUGGUCUUGCACAAGCUUCAAAAGAUGGAUCGGUAUGCUUUGAACCUGUAAACACUGAAAUUCGGGGAACUCCGGGUUAUAUGGAUCCUGAGUAUGUUGUUACUCAAGAGCUCACCGAGAAAAGUGACAUAUACAGUUUUGGGGUAUUACUACUUGAAAUUGUAACAGGAAGACGAGCCAUUCAAGAUAAUAAGAAUCUAGUAGAAUGGGCCCAACCAUACAUGGAAUCAGAUACGAGAUUAUUGGAGCUAGUAGAUCCCAAUGUGAGGGAGUCUUUUGACUUGGAUCAGCUCCAAACAGUAAUCUCUAUAGUAGCAUGGUGCACCCAUAGAGAAGGAAGGGCAAGGCCUUCAAUAAAACAGGUACUUAGGCUUCUGUAUGAGACAUCAGAACCAAUGCACAGUGAGUUUCUACAAACUGUUGAAGAUGAAGAAUGUCAGGGAAGUCAGCACAGAGGCAGAAGAAGCAAGGGGAAAAUGCUCAGAAAUGAAGCAUUGUUUCACAGCGGAGAGGGAAGAUAUCUUGCUUCAUCUUCGAGUACAUCCCGGUCAUAUUGCAGUAGAAGUUUUUUACUUGAGACUGGCUCUCCACAGUCUCCGCCAAAUAUGUUCUCUGUGUGAAACAUCGAUAGAUUCUUCAAGUUGACUUGAGUUUUAAAUUUCUCAUUUACUCUGACUUCAAAUUUGUGGAUUUUUGGGAAGUAGGAGAAAGUCUAUAUGAAAAUCAUGGGAGAAAUGAGAAAUAUAGUACUUCAUUUUCUU